CACAAUGUAACUGUUCCACUAUUUAAGGUGGAACGGGAGGAUUCGAUCACGAAGCUGGCGAAGCAGUAGCUGACUUCAGCUUUGUGUUACUGAAGUCCUCCUGCCACUGGAACAUCCACCACAAGACCUCAUCUGACCGAUUUCUGGAAGAAAAAGGACCGUAAAUGUAAAAGUGGGGCUACUUUAAACCUGAGGCGAAGUGGCUCUUCGUGAAACGCCCUUCGUUUCUUGUAAAAAGAAACCAGGCUAAGCUGGGAAAACAAGUUUUACUUUCGCUUUUUUAUAUGUAACGUCGUACUUAGUCUUCGCCGUCGUUUUUCAAGCGCAUUUUGCUUCCUCCGUAAAUCAGGGAUCCCUGUUGUUGGCUUAAGGCAAAUUAGCAACAAUGACUUCCACAGAAUGUAUUCCAUUCACUGUAGAGUCAACUAAGAUUCUGGAACAAAGUCAUGUUGCCUUUUGCAGCGCUUUAAAUGGAAAAUUUGGUUGUGCAGCUGUGUUUCACAAUGUGGAAUUCACCACUACUUCAUCCAGUGGCAGCAACAAAGGGACAGUCAUGCCUGAAAUUAAGUACUCAAGACACCUGUCUGGAGGCCUGAAGAUAUCUGUGUGGAAGGAUGAUCUCGUAACUCACAAAGCAGAUGCUGUGGUUAAUGCAGCUAAUGAGCACUUAAAUCAUGGAGGAGGACUUGCUCUAGCUCUGUGUCGAGCUGGAGGUCCUCAAAUUCAACAAGCGAGUGACCAAAUCAUAAAAGUGCAGGGACGUGUUGCUACAGGUGGCGCUGUUGUCACCCCAGCUGGAAAUCUCCCUUGUAAAUAUAUCAUACAUGCGGUUGGCCCCUAUGUGCAUCUAAAUCCAUUAAAGAGCGACAUUGCUGCAGCCUCACCCUUGCUGGAUAAAGCUAUACAGAGCAUAUUCAGAUGCACUGAGUUUCACAACUUACAAUCUGUUGCGAUCCCUGCUAUUAGCUCUGGCCUUUACAAUUUUCCACGGGAUCUCUGCGCAGACAUCAUUGUAAACGCUGUGAAGUCCUUGAGUUAUGUGAGAAACCCACAAGCCAUAAGCCUAGAGAUCCGUUUAGUGAACAACGAUGAUCCUUCUGUUCAAGAGAUGCUGAGAGCUUGCAAGGAAAUUCUAGGGCCAUCUGACUCAUUUAGUGGGGCAGUGCAAAUCCAAAGCACCUCAUCAGCCACAUCUGCAUGGCCUAGUCUGGAGCUGGGAAACGUGACUCUCUACCUCAAAAGGGGCCCCAUUGAGGAGGAGACAACAGAUGUCAUCGUGAACACCAUAGCACAUGACCUCGACUUAUCAAAAGGCUUCGUUUCCAAGGCAAUAUCAGAAAAAGCUGGAUGGAAGAUUCAAGAUGAAAUACGGAAGCGUAAUAAGUGGAACUCUGUUGCUGAUGGUUACGUUGGUGAAACCGAGGCCUAUAACCUGAACUGUAGGGCAGUGUACCACACUGUCUGUGCUGUGAAGAGUCGCAGUUCCUCUGCAAGUCAGAUUCUUCACAAAGUGGUCACACGUUGCCUUAAAAUGGCAAUGAAUACGUUUUCAUCCAUAUCUUUUCCUGCUAUUGGCACUGGCAACCUUGGAUUCCAGAAAGAGGAAGUUGCUCAGUUAAUGAUUGGUGCAGCAGAACAAUUUGCCAAGCAACAUAAGGGGAAGAAAUUGGAUGUGUAUUUUGUCAUUUUUCCAAAGGACACAGAUAUAUACAAGGCUUUUGAAAAUAAAAUGGAUUCCAUUAAAACCCAGAGUGCCUCCAAAAUGUUCAGCAGUACCACUGGCAAAGGUUCAGCAUUUUAUAAUAGUGAGAAAGCCAGUGAAACACCUUACAUUGAGCUAUUUGCAGACUCCUCUGAAGCCCUAAGAGAGGCAAAAGCAUGGGCAACGAGAAUACUGCAUAAACCUGAGGAUAUCACAAUAAAUAAUAACCAUGUCAUCCGGUUUGGCCAGGAGGACCAUGAAAAACUGAUGUCCAUUCAAACCAAAUUUAAUGUACUCAUCACAGAGUUCUUCAGAAAUGGCAAAUGUGGCAUUACCAUCAAUGGUGAACGCACAGAUGUCAGUUCUGCAGCACUGGAGGUGGAAGCUAUGCUUUUGAAGGCCCAAGAGGACUUCGCUAAUGCUGAGGAAAAUGAGCUGCUGCGCUCUGUGGUCUGCUGGCAGGCUUUCCCUGGCUCAGAAGAACCAGAGAUAAAUGCUGCUUUGGAGAAGACUUACCUUACAGGUGUUGACUCUAAGGUUUUUUCAGUGAAUGGCCGAGACAUCAAAAUUGACUUCAGGCGUAUGCAGAUGGACACUGAAUUUGGAGGGGCAAGCAUUCAAAGGAUCAAUAUUUUCACUCUCUAUUCCACGUUGCCACCGUUGAAAAGCAAGUCAUAUUAUGCAAGGACCCCCAUUGAAGAGAAGAGCUAUGAUUGGACAGAAAGGAAGAGAAAAUUGCAAAAAUCUGGCCUGAAGAUUGUGAAGGUGGAGAAAAUGGAGAACAACGCCCUGAAGCAGGUAUUCGAGUUGAACGAGAAGCGAGUGCUUAAAUUCCAGCAGCUGUACCAGUGUGUGACAGCACAGUUCUGUGAGCUGAUCUGCAGGGUGGGAUUCCAGAGAGAGUAUGCGCCACCGGAAGAGCAAAAAUAUGGAGCUGGAAUAUACUUCACCACGGAAGUGGAAACUGCUCUAAAGUUGUGGAAGGACUAUGAAGAAGAGUAUAUCUACAUCAUUGAGGCUCGAGUGCUCACUGGCCAGAGCACAGCUGGGUCACCACAAUUUAUUGUGCCCCCUCCUACUAAAGAUGACCCUCUGGUCCUUUAUGACAGUGUGACAGAUGCUAACAAAGACAUAUUUGUCAUCUUCAAUGGCCAACAGGCCCUACCUGAAUUUCUUAUCACAUGCAAAAACCCAACAACCUCUGUUUAGCUGAGUGUUUACUGCAUUUAUCACAAGUCAUUGUGAAGUAAUGACAAAAUGCGCACAUAUGCGUAAUAGUCCAGCCUACUGAAACAUGAAGACCGUUGCAUAAGAAGGUUGCAUAAGUCACAUGUAAAUAAUAGUAUAUUUAUGAUUGAAGCAAAAAAUAUAUAUUGUCCAGUUGCUGUUAUGUUAGGCCCAUGUCAAUAUUUACUAAUCUCAAAGCUACCAGUAAAUCUGUUCCUGUAAACCCAGAAAAUGCAUUUAAAAGCAAGUCAAACUUAUUGCUUUACAAAAUGAUUUAUGUUGGUUAUCUUAGCCACCGAACCUCUCUGCUACACUGUGGAGAAAAAUUAGGAAAAAAAAUAAAUUACACACUACAAAACCAUUUGGUGUGUGUCUACAUGUUUCCAGGCACACAUUACUAAUAGCAUAUCCUCUUCGAGUUGCCCUGAACGUUCACUUUAUUUUUCAGUUUUUCUUUUAAACCUCUUUAUGUUGCUUUGGGCCUACCCAGUUUUGCUUUCCUUUUGAAUGAGUCUCAUUGCUUGCUGACACCUAGGAAUGGGGGAAAACCGGAUAAGAACUGAUUUAUAAUAUGGUUUUUGUUUCAUAAAUCAAUGCGUAACAAUGGUGAUUUAAAUAAAAAUUGUAUUCUACUGUAGCACUGUGAGAAUAUUUUACAAUAAUGACUUUUGGUUGAUUUAUAUAGGGAUAGUAGGUUACUAUUUCUUUAAAUACAACAUUUGAUAUUAUAUGGACAGCAGGUUAUAAUUUCUCGGAAUACAAGAACUGAGGGUAAUAAGGUUAUAUUUUACUAGGAUUAUUAUGGUUUGAUUGCAUGUGGUGUACCCAUCCAACAAUAAAAUGUAAUAGAUUUCAA